AUGAAUUUGCUUAAGUUAAGCACGGGAAAAAAGCAACUAGACUUGCCAGUGAGAGAUAUGAGAAACGAACUCAGGAAAGCUAGCCCUGAACUAAGUAAGAAUAAAUUACUGGUCAAACCACGCAAUGAUUUAACCAAAGGGAUCUUUUUACUUCCGGAUGAUGUAUUACUGAUAAUCUUAGAUCAAUGUAACCAGAUGGAUGCAUUCCACUUAGCUUUGACCCAUAAAACAUUCGACAAAGUGUGUAAAAGAAAGUUGUUUAAAUCCAUUUUUGUUUAUGAUGAUUGCUUAAAAGGUGAAGAUACCCAAGUCAUUAAUGUUCCCAAAAAAUUGUAUACUCCCUUCUAUAUGGAAUAUACUGUAGUAAGUUGCUCAAAAUUGUUCAAGUUUUUCUCAAGCACCUAUUGUAUUCCUCGAUAUAUUAAGAGCAUACUUUUUGCUGAUGACAGACAAGUUUCAGUCCAAUACUUGAAUGCUACACUUGUAAUGGCACCUAAAUGUUCGAUUCGGUUUCUUGAUGUUAGACUUGACGGAAUCAAGCGAUGGCUAUUAAAGCAUCAGAAGAAAUCACUUGCGAAAUUCCAUUUAUUUGGAAAUAGUUUAGAACUAAGCUACCCAGAACAAAACAAGAACUUGGUGCAACAUUUGUUCUUGCGGGACUAUGAGACAGUUUGGUUACAAAAGGAACUCCCUAAAUUUAAACGGUUGAAAAGUAUCAACAUUAUUGGAGGUACUAAGUUCGCUUGUCCAACCUAA